CAUGGCUGCUGCAGACAGGAGGUCGAGUGUUUAUUAUAAAUUAUAUUUAUUUGUACAUUUAGUGAUUUUUGGCUGGUAUGUGUUUAUUCUGAAGGUGAACUGCUCCUCAGUCAUUUCAAAUAAACACCCCGGUGCUCGGAGUUACGGCGGGCGGUGGAAAUAUUUAACCUUCAUUAACAUGGUGAUGCAGACGGUCUUUUUUGGACUUUGCGCCGUAACCGAUCUCGUCCACGUCGUCCUGCCGAGGAAGAGCGCCACCUCAGGGUUCCCAGCAUUCCUUCUAACAGUGCAGGAUUUCUUCUUCGCCGUUUUGGCUUUUCCAGUCGGGACUUUUGUAUUCACCUCCUUCUGGUCCAUCUACUCCUACGAUCGAGAGCUGGUGUUCCCAAAGUUCUUAGACGACAUCAUUCCCACGUGGCAUAAUCACGCCAUGCACACUGUGAUCAUGCCCCUGCUGCUGCUGCAGAUGUUCCUCCAGCAUCACAGAUACCCCAGUCGUUCCAAGGGCAUCUUCAGCCUCGCCGUGUUCGUCGCUUCCUAUCUAGCAUGGGUUCUGUGGGUGCGUCACGCCUCAGGAAUCUGGGUUUAUCCCAUCAUGGCUCACCUCAGUCCUGUAGGCCUGGUGCUGUUCCUGGCCGUGGCGUCCCUCAGCAUGGCCCCUCUGUACCUGCUAGGAGAGAAGAUCAGUGCUGCAAUCUGGGGCCCCACAGGGAAACAGAAGAAGAAAUAAAAACCAGAGGGAUCAGAGACGAGCAGGGACGAUGGUGAGCGGGGACGAUGAGAAGGUUCCCAUUAAAACCAGCAGGACUGGAUUCUUCACCAGCACAAGGGAACACACUGAACUGUUUUUAAUGGCUGUUAUUUUAAGAUUUACAUUAUUAAUGAUCUCAACAGUGAUGUGGGUUUUUACAGUGAUAAUUUGCACAAGCUUUAGAAUAAUAAUAAUAAUAAGAGAUAGAUAGAUAUAUAGAUUUAUAGUGAGAUAGAUACUUUAUUUACUCACUCACUUUCUUAAUCGCUUAUCCAAUCAGGGUCGCUAGAGCCUAUCCCAGCUUUUCAAAGGGCGCAAGGCACACAGUAACACCCUGGACGGGGCACCAGUCCAUCACACAUACACACACUCAUCCACCUAUAGGGCAAUUCAGUGUCUCCAAUUAACCUGACUGCAUGCUUUUGUACUGUGGGAGGAAACCGGAGCUCCCGGAGGAAACCCACGCAGACACGGGGAGAACAUGCAAACUUCACACAGAAAGGACCCGGACCGCCCCGUCUGGGGAUCGAACCCAGGACCUUCUUGCUGUGAGGCGACAGUGCUACCCACUUAGCCACCGUGCCGCCCAACUUUAUUUAUCCAAAGGGAAAUUAUUGAUUAUGAUAAUAAUAAUAAUUAUAAUAGUAAUAAUUAUAAUAUAAUAUAGUAUAAUAAUAAUAAUAGUUUACAGUGUCUGUGUUUCUUCUUAUCAUUUCCGUUGUUUAUUGAAAUUCCAUAUGCUGUACUGCUGGACGUCAGAAGCCACAUUCUGACACGUCAUGUUUUGAUUGUGUGAUUUAAAUAAAAACUAAUUUUAUUACAAAAAAA